AUGGGUCGCUCGCGUGUCCUUUCGUUUAUAUCAACCUGGGGAGGCCCGAAGAACAAUGACUCUGGAAAGGAGAGUAAGCGAUUUUCGCGCAAUGUGACGCCCGUUGAUACACCCCCGAGGUGGCAGACCCCUUCGCCCGAUACCCCGUCCCCGCCGUCUGACUUGUCGCCUGUCGGUGGCUCGAAUCCGCGAGGCGAAGGAAUUGGUUCGCGCCCAGCGUCGAUGAUAUUCUCGCGCAAUCCACCGUUGAUGCCCCAUGAGGAGGAUACCCCGGCGGAGCUGUCGCCGAUCUUCUCCUUUCUCAAUAUCCACACCAACAAGGUCUAUCAGGAAGGAUACUUUUUGAAAUUGAAUGAUCAGGACUCUCAUGGACGACCUUGCGCCGAUCGGCAGUGGAUAGAAUGCUACGCCCAGCUUGUCGGCACUGUCCUUUCCCUUUGGGAGGCUGCUGCGCUGGACGCAGCAGGCGGAGAAGAAGUUCCCGCGACAUUUAUCAACCUGGCGGACGCGUCGCUUAAGAUGAUCGAAACGCUCCCAAUCAGAAACGGAGCCGUGCAACCGUUGAAAAAUGUCCUUAGUCUAUCCUCCGCGGGGAAGAACCGAUAUCUACUGCAUUUUAGUUCGUUCCACUCAAUGACCCAGUGGACUGCAGCCAUUCGUCUUGCGAUGUACGAACAUACUGCGCUGUACGAAGCGUAUACCGGCUCCCUUAUUGCCGCCAAAGGCAAGACGCUCAAUGGAAUCCAGUCCAUUCUAGCACCUGCCAAGUUCAAAUACGAAGAUUGGGCGCGAGUGCGAUUCGGCGCCGGCACGCCCUGGAGGCGGUGCUGGUUUGUCAUCAACCCUCCAGAUGAGAAGGAGCUCCAGAAGGCCAGGAAGUUAAUGAAGAAGUCUGCUUAUGACCGCCUAACGAUGCCAGUCACCGGAAACAUCAAGUUCUACGAAACCAAAAAGACUAAAAAGGCCCAGCCAAUUGCGACAGUGACGAACGUUUACUCGGCAUAUGCGAUCUACCCCCAGUCCAAGGCGCUCAUUGAUCAAUCCACUUUGGUGAAGUUGGAAGGUCGGAUCACCAUGCACUCGGCGAACCAGACUUCGGCGGAAGGCUUUGUCUUUGUCAUGCCAGAACUACACGCAGCAGUUUCCGGUUUCGAGAUGAUGCUUCGAUUCCUGUUCCCAACUUUCGAUACCUUCAACCUUUACGGCCGUCCGACUCGCCUCGUGGCCGAUAUUAACCACAUCAAGAGCAUCAUGUUUGCCUUCCCCAAGCAGCGUCGCUACGGGUACUUGGAUGUCUUGGAUAUCACCAAUCUUCUCCAGAUUCCGGGGAGCCAGGAUUGGAGUGAAGGCGAAUGGAGGAAACAAUUGAAGGAUGCAACGCAAAAGCGGAUGAGCACCGGCAGGAGUCGAACCAACAGCGUGAACAGCAGUCAACCUCGCUACCGUGCCAGCAUAUCCAGCCGCUUAGGUGAAGGCUCAUUGAACGGAUCCCGUCAACAUUUACCUCCCCUGGAGGCCAAACACGAGUUUAACCAGUCUGCAGAGGCCAUUAUUCACGAAGUUCCUAGGAAAGAUCCUGUGGUCUAUCAUGCUAGGGGAAUGUCGGAUACCACAGGUCUGCAGACAGGGCCCAGAGUCGGCUAUGGGUCGCUGAGGGAAAGCUCGCCUGAUUCAUCGGCCCAGGAUCUGGUGCUACGUGACCGGGCGCAAGCAUUGGCUGGGCCUAUCGCUGAACGGACCAGCUCUGAGAGUGAUCGCAAUUCGAGUAUGCCCAGACAACCUUUCGAAAUUGAAGAGCAGCUUCCUCCCCGUACGCCACCGGCCCCGGUCACCAACCCGCCCACCUUCGCCCAUGGACCGCGAGAAAUGCCUUCCAACCGGCCGAAAACAAGCCAUGAGCAGAGACUGGCUAAUAACCGUAUGUCUCACACGACUCUGAUGCAAUUCCACCAGGUUGGGAAAACAGGCAUGGACAUGGGUGGUGCAGCACGUGGAUACCAGGAUCAUCAACCGCACCCCGAGGCCAAUAUGGAUCAACGACUUCAGAACUAUGUCCCUUACCAGAACUACUCUCCGCAACCUGUUGCAGCAAGAGGAUCUCCACUGAGAAACCAAUCCAGUGACGAGGGCAUCGAUCUUGCUUUCCCUCCGCGUCAAGUACAUACUUCACAGCCCCGUCCAGCUACUCCCGGUACUGGGGGCACUCCUUCGCCUCAGCGAAAUCCACAAAUCGACACUGUCAAGGCUGUCAAACGGAAACCUCUUCCGCAAAGACAGCUCUUUGGUCAGUCGCCUUUGUCACCCGAUGGUGGAGAACCUAGCUUUGACGACCUGCGCCACACCUUGGAUGAAGAUGUCCUCAAUCGGAUUAGUACUUAUCUUCCGUCUCCGAUUUCCCCGGCUCAUAAUGAGGAGGAGAGCGUGUAUGAUGAUGCGUCUACCGUCUCGCCUGACUAUGCGAGCACCCAUGAGUCUGUUUAUAGUAAAAAGUCUGCCAAGCGAAUGGGCGUUAAGAAGACUGUGGGAGAACCAGCUAAGCAGGACCUUGUCAUCGGCGAUACUCGCUAUACGAGGGACAAGCCGGCUGAGCCGAACCCCGAUAUCCCCACUGUUGAUUUCGGGCCAACAUUGACCUACAUGCCUACCACCGGACGCCCGACUACGGGCGACACUCUGAAAAAGGCUUCGCAUCAUCGGAACGAGUCCGACUUCAAGCUCUUUGUUCCAACCAACCCUAUGGAUCGUCCUAUGGAGCGUGGUCACGCUCGGUCUCCGAGCCAGGAAGAGCGUCGACGUAGCGUUCUGUGGCAACCCGGCAUGGCCAGCGGUCGUCCCACCACUCCAGGAGGCGGUCUCACCCCGGAGCAGUUUGUGCAGCAGCGAGCUGCACCUAGUCCCCCAGUGCACAUGCACCAGCGUGUCCCGUCAAGCAACAGCCCACCUCCGGCACGGCCGGUAUCGGGAGACUGGACACAGCAAGCUCGACCGCACUCUCGUAUGACUUCAUAUCCAGAUGCCAACUACCGCCCCUCUUCUCGUGGUGCCAGCACGAUGAUCACCAAUUACAACGAAGUGGGAAAUCAUCUUUCUGCUCGUGAGCAAGAGCAUGUCGCACGCAUGACUGGCUCUUCAUUCUUCGAUAUGUCGACAAGCACCAAAAAGCCUCCGCCGCCAGUCAAUCCUAUGGGUCUUGUCUCAACGAUCGAUGCACGUGAACGUGAGAGACGGGAGAUGAAAGAGGGGAUGUCGAACCAGAUGGUACAGCAUGCUAUUGCACAGCGCCAGCAGCAUCAGCAAUACCAGCAGCAUCAGCAAUACCAGCAUCAGCAGCAAUACCAGCAUCAGCAGCAGCAGAUGAUGCAGCACCCGCAACAAUACGCACCCCAGUAUGCCGGCUCGGUAUACCCACCCCCAACUCGGGAUGGGAUGUACAAUCUCCCCGGCGCCAGCCAGACUUGGGAUGCGCUCCACCAAAUGAACCGCGCGGAUGAACCCCGACGACGGUCUUGGUAUGGUCAGCUCGCCCAGGCUUCGCAAGGCCCGCCCAGCUACCAGCAGAGUCAACACGUUACUCAGCAGGGUGGCUACCCUGCAAACUACAACACCAUGCAUUCAUAA